CCUUGAACCAAACCUGCCGCUGAUUGUUUCUCUCUCUCUCUCUCUCUCUCUCUCUCUCCAGUCUUCCAUUCCAAUUAACAAACCGUUUCUUCCUCCUCCUAACCUCCUUGUAUAUAAAACCAUCUCUUCCCACUUUCUUUUCCACUCCCUCUUCCUCUCUUGCCCCAAACAAACUAAACUAAACUAAACCAUUAACAAACACACCUCAGUAAGAAACCCUAAUUAUAAAUUCAUGUGCUCCUCCGGUUCUACCAGCAGUGCACCAAGACCUUCCUACUUGGAACAAGCCCACGGCUUGGCUUCCUUAAAAGACAUGGAUAGGUGUCAUAACCGUGCCAACAACUUUGUCUCAAGGUCCAUGACCAUGGGUUACGCCACCUCCUACAACAGAACCAGUUUAAGGAACAACAACAACGUUUCGGUUUCUUCACCAAGAUCUGGGAGAUUCUACGACGCCAGAUUCGAAGAUCAACAACACCCCCACUUCCUCUCCGCUUGUUUUCUCUGCAAAAAACCACUCGGGGACAAUAGAGACAUCUUCAUGUAUAGAGGGGACACGCCAUUUUGUAGCGAAGAGUGUAGGCAAGAGCAGAUUGAGAUAGACGAAGCCAAAGAGAAGAAUAGGAACCUUUCUUCAUCGAUGAAGGCUUUGAGGAACAAGGAGCAGAGAAAUAAUAAUAGAUCCACGUCGCCAAACAAGGCGCAACAAGAUUACUCGUUCCGUACGGGGGCAGUUGCGGCGGCGUAGGCGGUACAAGUACAACAUAGGAUUUCUCGAGAUCUCUCGAGGAACCAACAAAUUAACGAACGGAACUGAGGACAGUGUUUCCGGAAAAGGAAAGAAAACAGUUUUAGAAAAGAAGAAAAAAAAAGUGUAACCGAAAAGGAAAGUAACAAAGGGAAGUUAAGUGGCGAGCUUUGGUUUACUUUUUUUUUUCUUUCCACCAACAAAGGGUCUCAAGAGAGAACAGGGAAAUUUUUGUGAAUGUAGCUGUAAAUGGUAUACGUGUGGAAAAGUGUGUGUGCUUACAACAGUGGGUGAUCCUCUCUGCCAAAUGACUCAGAUUUUCGGGUUUGCCUUUUCUUCUUUCUUUCUUUUUUAUGGGAAUCAAAUUUGGUUUUGUUUCCUUUUGUAUAUUACCCUACCUCGUUGAGUUAUAAUGGUUGUGCCAAUAGUUUCAGUUUUUUCAAAACAAGGAAACUGAAUACAAUGGAAAUUUUCUCAACUUCGGCCUU